GUUAAGUGUCUGUAAAUGGCAACGAGUGUACGUGGUAUCUUUCGGAGAUGCGGCCACACUGCAGCCGACUUGUUUUGAAAUAAAUUUGGUUUUGUUUAUCCGGCUAAAAUGUUUAAAAAACUCAAGCCAGGUGAAAGUGAGGAGGAUGUUCUGCGAAUGGCAGCCGAGUUCAAUGCAGAGAGAGCGAAGGAUCCCAAUUUUCAGCCUGCAGCGGCUUUUGUGCGCAUGGAUAAAGCUCCUAAGAAGUCUAUGUUUGCCCAAAGACGGGAGCAGGCGAAAUUGGGACGUGUUACCACCGCUACGGAAAAACCCGAGGAGCAAAUUCAACCAGUGCUUAAAGAAAUCAUCCCAGAGAUUCCAACAAGUGUCUCAAAAGAACGUGGAACGCAUGUCAGCCAGGUUGUGCUUGACGAAAUCCAGGAAAACAUUUUGGGCGACGUGAAGGGCAGCAAAAUGAACCCAAGUUCCCUAGGCAAUGUGUUGGGCGAACUGGUAGAAAGAACUGGAGGAGCCAGGGGACCUGCCUUCCCAGAAACUAAAAAGGUCGGUACCGGCAAGCCGCUUAGCAUUUUCGCCAAACAACUUUUAGGAGCGAAAGCUUUAAAUGCGGAAAACUCAAAAAACGAGUCGCAUUCACCAAGAAAUGAUACUAGUUCCGUAAUAAAAGAUGCCAGGCUGGGAAAGGAGCUGCACCAGGAAAACCUAAAUGUACUCAAGCAAAUGAAUGAGCAAGACAUCUUGGCAGAGAAAGAAAGGUUGCUGGCUUCUUUGGAUCCUUCGUUGAUAGCUUUGUUGUCCAAGAAACGUCAAAGCACACAAAGUACCAAGCCGCUCAACUCGAAUUCACCUAAGAUAAUAGAAGCACCACCCAUGCCGACACAGUCUAUAAAAGUCCAAGAUCCACAAAUUGCUUCUUUACCCGAUUGCAAUCCAGCUGUUGAUUUAUUGCAGCAGAGCGACAAAGGAAAUUGGGUUAAUUUCAAUCUCGUCGAGGAACAUAAAUUGGCGUGGAUGCGGGAUAUUCCCGCUAAGAUAAGUGAAUUAAAGCCGGGAGAGCAGUUCAAUGCUCGCUUCGAUUGGAAAGGUGUGCUCCUGCCUCACACACUCAAGGAUCAGGAUGCUUUGAAACAACUAGAUGAGCGAGAACUUUAUUUACAUGGCGAGGAGGCAGAUCGUCCCGGCUACGCACUUCAAGAGCUGUUUCGAUUAGCCAGAUCCACUGUGUUACAGCAAAGAUUAUCAGCCUUUGGAGCCAUAGCUGGGAUUUUUAGCAUCUACAACCAGGGAUUCUAUGAUCAAGUGCUGUCUCUACCUAUAUCAAAAAUAUUCUUUCUGCUGCGCUUUGGGCUCGAUGACAAUGCCCCUGCACAACUUGAGGUUGUUAGCCGAGCUCUAGCAAACCUAUUUUAUAACGACACCGACGAAGUGCUUCUUGAUCAUAUUCAAGACAACGCCUACUGUCAUUGGCAACCAACCUUAGAGGUUAUGGGGAACGGCAGCGAUGGCAAAGGGGAAAAUACAGACACUAACUCCAUAGCAUUCCUGCAGCGUUACAUGAAGCUGCUGACCACCAGUAAAGCUGUGCGGGCGGAAGUGGAUGAAGAUGAAUCGGAGAGUCGGACCUCCAUGGAUGACUUUCAACUGGCUGAAACAGAUCUCAUUGACUGUUUGCUUAGAACAAAUAUAUUGCAAAGGAUUCGUUUCAUCUUGGACUCCGUAAAACCAGAUAAUUACACAGUCGAGUCCUGUCUGAAACUACUUAUAAGGAUAGCUCGUACAAGUACCAAAGUGGCUCGUCAGUUGGCCAAUGAAAGCCACCUUAUAGAUACACUCUUUAAACAUUUUCUACCCUCUUCGAGUGGAAGCAAUCAGUUCUAUGGCCAGCCGCAAGUUCUAUUUCUAAAACUAAUUCGGGUGUUGAUUUGCCAACACCUUGAUAUAGCUAAGAGCUUUUCUAAAGGAGUCCUGAUUGUGCGCCUUCAACAGUACUUAUUCCUUCAAGACAAUAAGGCCCAGAUGGUGCGCGUUCAGAUCGAGGCGCUGCGCAACCUGCGCUGCUUGCUGCUCUUGGGAAUCGUGGAUCGGGAUAUAUUCAGGCAGUUCCUUCCCGCGCUGCGACAGCUACUGGACUGGCAUGGCAAUCACUGCGCUUUUGAUGGAGUGGGCGGAUCAGGGCUGGUGCGCCAACACGCAGCCGCCCUGCUGGUGGCACUGGUGGCCAGUGGCGAGAGUGGAGCGUGCGACGUUGAGGGACAGAAGCUGCUCGUGGAGCCGCUUAACAAUUGCUGCUGCGGCUGGAUGCAUACUGCUUCCCGCGUCGCGAAGAUCAAAGAUUUUAGCCAGAUGACGCUGCUGAGCGCUGCUUUAUAUGCUGUAGGCUGGUUUUCUCGCAACAGCUUGUUGGGUACCACCAGUUUCCAGCCCUUCCUGCGCAGCAUCCUUCCGAAGUUUGUGCAGUCUAGCGGAUUCAUAGCUUGCGUACAUGACCUAGUCAAGGGCUCCAUAAUGCUGAAACGCCCUAUUGAUCGGCGCCACGUGCAUGCGGCGUUGCCUAACGUGGGCGCAGUGCUGAUGCACGACUACGGGCCGCAGUUGAUUGUCAGUGAGACGUAUCCGGUGAACCUGUUGAGUAACCUAUGGGCGCUGCUCGCCGUUUCGCUGGAGAGCGGUGAGAAGCCAUUGUUUGCGGCGCUUAUGCAACCGGCGGUGCUUGAACCUCUGGCCGAAUAUCUGCGCCAGCUUAGCAGCCAGCUGAAUCGCGUCCUGGCCACCAACUUCUUCGCCCGUAGCGAGCUGAGGCUAAUCCAUCAGCUGCUUACAACAGAUGGAAUGGAUAUCUAUCUGGAGCGACAGCAGAUGCUGCAGCUGGUGUACAACUACCUAUGCUGCCUAUCCACUGCCCAUGCUACGCAGAUCAAGAGCAUCUUUGAGCGCUUCAUUUUCAAUGGCGAUUUCGUCAAAUUGGACGAGACUAGUCUUAAACUGCUGCAGCAAUCCUGUCUGGAGAUGGUCUAUCCUCACAUAAUAGCUGACAACUCGGAGCCGUCGCUAUCCUUGAACUACACACAAGCGCCCAUCCUGCCCACGGACUGGCCCUUUUUUCAGCUUCGAGUUAUCCUCAGCAAUUACUUGCAAAAUGUGCAACAGCGCCCAGCGACUAUAUACUCAGAAAACCAGGUGGUCAGCAUGACGUUGACUUUCGUCCGGCAAUUGGAACGACAGGGACUGCAGAUUGUUAACUCGCUAGAAAAGCUUAUGUACUUGAUGAUUGCCUUCAUGGGCCCGGACUCACAGUUCCUUUCUCCUGAUUUGCAUGACCUGCUGCGUGAUUGCCUGAUGGAUUUCUACAGGGAGAACGCAACCCAUGAAUUCGACUUUGAUGCAGAACUUGUGGAUAAGGCCAGGUUCGAACCGCUUUACUAUCUGUUUCUAGAACAUUUUGAGGCGGCCAGCUAUGGCGAUGAACUGUUUAGUUCGCUGGUGCUGGUGCCUUUGGCACAGAAAUAUGAUAACAAGUGGCGAAGGCGUCUCUGGUCGGAGCAUGUGCAGGCUGUUCGUUUCAUAAACUGUGAUGAGACUUUGCUGAUGGGUGGACUGUCUGCAUACUUGGAGCCCGUGGAGGAGGAGCCUUCGUUGGUGAAACUGUACGGCGAUGCAUUGGCGCAAAAGAUGGUUCGUCCUGGGAGCAUUGCCUAUCGUAUAGCCCAGCACCACUUCAACCACUCGACGUCGGUGCAUAGGACCACAUUGUUUUGAUAAUCGGAACAUUAAUUGUAGAUAGGAGCUCUUCACGCGACUGCGAUAAACGUACUUAAUUAGGGAAUUUAAAGUCGUUUUCAUGUGACAAUACUCUAUUUAUAAAGCAGCUGAUUUGGGUUUA